AUGGCGUUGACAUCGUGGAAAGCCUUCCGCUUCUUCGAUGUCUCCCAAGUCCGCCUUCCAGAUGGCGAAGGCGCAAUCUCGCUCGACCAAUCGAACAUCAGCUGUCUAAUCUCGGGAGCGAACAACAUCUUCGUCGGCACACCAGACGGCCUGGUCCACCUUCUCGACCACACCUUCAAGCCCAGCCGCUCGUGGAAGGCCCACAAUGCUGGAAGCGUCACCCAUGUUCAGCAGGUGCCGGAUACCGCAUAUCUACUAACUCUCGCCGAGACUUUGUCCCAGGAACCGGAGCUGAAAGUCUGGACUCUGGAUCUUAAUGACAAGAAGACGGGCAAUCCGCGGUGUCUGUGUUCCUUGACCAUUCAAAACGGCAGGCAGAAACACCCAGUAUCCGCCUUUUCCGUGACUAGCGAUCUCACACAGCUGGCAGUCGGUUUCGCCAAUGGGGCUGUCACCGUCGUCAGAGGCGAUCUAAUCCACGAUCGGGGAACGAGGCAGCGCACAGUUUUCGAAUCUGAAGAUAAAGAGCCGAUAACUGGACUGGAAUUCCGCGAGGCCAACACCACAGCCCUAUAUAUUGCCACUACAUCGAAAAUCUUGGCACUUGCUAUCACCGGCAAAGCCCAAGGAACUCCUGCUCGGACUUUGGACGAGAGAGGCUGUGCUGUCGGCUGCAUGACCCUGGACCCCAAGUCGAAUGACAUCGUGGUCGCUCGUGACGAUGCCAUCUACUCUUACGCCCCGCGCGGCCCACCAGCUUCAUAUGCGUAUGAAGGUGCCAAGAAACUUGUGGAUGUGCAAAAGGAUUAUGUGCUGAUUGUCUCGCCGCCUGCCAACAACAUCGGCCGUGCUACCCAUUUGCGCGCCUUCGCUGGAACCCGAGCUGACGAGAUAUUCAACGCGAGCACAUUCACCAUACUCGACACGGACAUGAAGUUCAUCGCACUAUCCGAGUCAGUGUCCAGCCAGAUCAACAAAGUCUUCUCAAUCUGGGACGACAUCUUCCUCCUCACCAUCGAAGGCAAGCUCUACCGAUACCACGAGAAAACGUUUCAGCAGAAGCUCGAGAUACUCUAUCAGCAAAGUCUCUACCUUUUGGCUAUCAGCUUGUCUCGCAAGUACAAAGUGGAUCAAGCCCAACAAAAUGUCAUCUUCCGCAAGUUUGGCGAUUACCUGUAUCAACGAGGGGACUACGACACGGCGAUGCAGCAGUACCUUGAAGCUAUCGACAAUACUGAACCCUCACAGAUCAUUCGAAAGUUUCUGGACAACCAGCGGAUCCAAAACCUGAUCGAUUACCUCGAAGAGCUACAUGAACAUCACAAAGCCACAUCUGAUCAUACAACAUUAUUGCUCAACUGCUACGCCAAGCUGAAGGAUGUAGAGAAACUCGAGGAGUUCAUCAAGCAGCCUGGCGAGCUCAAGUUUGAUCUCGACACUGCAAUUGUGAUGUGUAGACAGGGUGGAUACUAUGAUCAAGCAGCUUUCCUCGCCCGUCGACACGACGAACACGGCCUGGUCGUAGACAUUCUGAUCGAAGACCUCAAGAAGUACGCAGAAGCUCUGGCUUACAUUGUUCGUCUGGAGCCUAAGGAGGCGUGCCCAACUUUUAUGAAGUAUGGCACAGUUCUGCUUGAACACUGCCCAGCUGAAGCGACUCAGCUUUUCAUUGACUACUUCACUGGCAACUUCAAAGCGAAGAAAGAUGCAGUCAUUGUGCAGGAGACCCCAGUCUCACAGCAGCAACAAAGCGGAGGCUUCGGGACCAUGGCGACUUCAGCGGCACAGAAUUUGGCAGCACUGAUCCCUCUGCCAUACAUGAGCACCAGCUCAUUUCAGCCUCCUUCAUCGAAAGGCGAGAACCAGAGCACAGUCACGCAAGCGCAGGUCGUGGAGACAAUGACCGAAGGCGAAUACAUUGAGUACAGUGUGCCUAAACCUCGUACCGCCUUCUCAGCCUUCGUCGACCACCCGGAUUCAUUUAUCACCUUCCUUGAAGCCUGCACUAGCAGCAAUGGCGUCAAGCCCGAAAAUAAAGAAGACCUUCAAACGACCCUCUUCGAAAUGUACCUCCACAGAGCCUCCACAAGCUCUGGCGACGAAAAGUCCCACUGGGAAAGCAACGCCAAAAAGCUCAUCGAGCAACAAGACACCUCCUCCAUCUCCACCUCCAACAUCCUCCUCCUGUCCGACCUCGAAAAGUUCCGCGACGGCACCAUCCUCGUCAGCGAAAAGCAAGGCCUCCGCUUCGACGUCUUCCGCUCCUACACCGCCGCCCACGACACCGCCGGCGCCAUCAAAGCCCUGCGAAAAUACGGCCCCGAAGAACCCCAACUCUACCCCGCCGCCCUCGCCUACUUCACCUCCUCGCCCCAAAUCCUCUCCGAAGCCGGCAGCGAAGUCGAAUCGGUCCUCAAAAAAAUCGACCAAGACGGCCUCAUGGCCCCGCUCCAGGUCAUCCAAACCCUCUCCACCAACGCCGUCGCCACCAUGGGCCUCGUGAAAAAAUACCUCACCACGACCGUCGCGCGCGAACGCGAGGAAAUCACCUCCAACCGCCGCCUCAUCGCCUCCUACCGCGCCGACACGGCCCAGAAAACCUCCGAACUCACCACCCUCGCCUCGCAACCCACCUCCUUCUCCGCCACGCGCUGCUCGCAGUGCAGCCAAUCCCUCGACUUGCCCACCGUGCAUUUCCUCUGCAAACACUCGUACCACCAGCGGUGUCUGAACCUGCCGGAGGAGGCGACGGACGUGCAGGAUCCGGAGCUGGGCGUUGAGUGUCCGAUUUGUAGCGGGCAGAAUCUUUUGGUCAGGCGGAUGAGGGAGGCGCAGGUGGAGUCGGCCGGGAAGCAUGGGGUGUUUUUGGAGAGUUUGAGGGAGAGUGAGAGGGAGCGGUUUGGAGUUUUGGGGGAGUGGUUUGGGAGGGGGGUUAUGAGUGGGGGGGAGAGGGAGUCGUAG